AUGAUGGAAAUAGCCAAUGUAAGUUUUCCAGAAGUUUUUAUACUACUGGGCUUCUCUGAAAGACCCUCUCUAGAACCCAUCCUUUUUAUCUUUGUCUUGGGAGUUUAUGUGGUGUCUGUCUUGGGUAAUGGCAUCAUCAUUGUGGUCUCCUGCAUGGAUCUCCACAGCCCCAUGUACAUCUUCCUUAGCCACCUCUCCUUCCUGGACCUCUGCUAUACCACCACCACUGUUCCCCAGAUGCUGGUCAACAUGGGCAGCUCCAGCAAGACCAUCAGCUACAGCGGAUGCACAGUACAGUAUGCGAUUUUCCACUGGUUGGGAUGCACCGAGUGCAUCGUUUUGGCGGCCAUGGCCCUGGACCGCUACGUGGCCAUUUGCGAGCCCCUCCGAUAUACCAUUAUCAUGCACCGCCCUCUCUGCCAGCAGCUCGUGGCUGUGGCCUGGCUCAGUGGCUUUGGCAACUCCCUCGUUCAAGUGAUCCUGACAGUGCAGUUGCCUUUCUGCGGGCAACAGGUGCUGAACAACUUCUUCUGUGAAGUGCCAGCCAUGAUCAAGCUAUCAUGUACUGACACAGCUGUGAAUGACACCACGCUGGCAGUGCUGGUGGCCUUCUUUGUGCUGGUCCCCCUGGCUCUCAUCCUUCUCUCCUAUGGCUUCAUUGCCCGUGCAGUGCUCAGAAUCCAGUCCUCCAAGGGUCGGCACAAAGCCUUUGGGACCUGUUCUUCCCACCUGGUGGUGGUCUCCCUCUUCUACCUACCUGCCAUCUACAUGUACCUGCAACCUCCUUCUCGCUACUCCCAAGAGCAGGGCAAAUUUAUCUCCCUCUUCUAUUCCAUAAUCACCCCCACCCUCAAUCCCUUCAUCUAUACCCUGAGGAACAAGGAUGUGAAGGCCUUCCUGUCUAAUCUACCUCCUCACCCACCCUGUGGCCUGACAAUUUGGUGCAUGACAAGAGUUUUUCCUAGUACCCCAGACCUACAUCUUUUUACAGACCCAAAUGAAGGAGAUGAAAAUGGAUGGGCACUAGAUGGACAUGUCAAUGGCACCAUCCCAGAUGACUUCAUCCUUUUGGGUUUUUCAGAUAACCCCAGCCUUGAAAUGACCCUUUUUGUGACUGUGUGUAUCUCUUACAUGGUCACCCUAGUGGGCAACACCACAAUCAUACUUCUGUUCCACCUAGACCCCCACCUCCACACGCCCAUGUACUUCUUCCUCACCAACCUGUCCAUCCUGGACCUCUGUUUCACCACCAGCUGCAUUCCCCAGAUGCUAGUCCAUCUCGGGGGCCCAGACAAGACCAUCAGCUACCUGGGAUGUGCAGUCCAGCUCUAUAUCUUCUUGGGACUGGGAGCUGCUGAGUGUGUGCUGCUGUUGGUCAUGGCCUUCGACAGAUAUGUGGCAGUGUGCCGACCCCUACACUAUACAGUCAUCAUGCAGCCUCACGUGUGUCACAAGCUAGCAUUCUCGGUCUGGGCAAGUGGGAUAUUUGGCACCUUGGUGCAGUCACCCACCACCAUGAAGCUCCCCUUCUGCCAUCAUCACCGGGUGGACGACUUUGUCUGUGAAGUCCCUGCACUGAUCCGUCUGGCCUGUGGGGACACACACUCCAAUGAGCUCCAGAUUUCUGUUAUUGGCUCUGUCUUCCUGAUGGUGCCACUCCUGCUCAUCCUUAUCUCCUAUGGUCACAUUACCCAGACAGUGCUGGCCAUUCAGUCCCAUGAAGGGAGGAGGAAGGCCUUCCAAACCUGUUCCUCUCACCUGGUUGUUGUUUUUCUCUUCUACUGCACUGGCAGUGCGGUUUACAUCCAGCCCCGAAGCCAUUUUUCCCAGAAGGGAGGAAAGUUUCUAACUCUUUUCUACACUGUGGUGACCCCCACUCUCAACCCUCUCAUCUAUACCUUGAGGAACAAGGACAUGAAGGGGGCUCUCAAGAGGCUAUUUUGGAAAGACAGAGCAUCCAAUGUGCAGUAA